GCAAGAUAUUUUCUUGGAUAUAUGGAGGGGCCCAAAGCAAGCUUAAUAAAAACUACAUUAACAAACUUUCACUUCAUGUUAAAUUAUGAAGAGGCUGAUGAUAUUAAUUAUAUGAAUUAUUUUUUAUAAUUCUUUAUACCCACUAACAUUCAUAGUAACUGAUCACAUGUUGUUUGUGGGACAGGGCUGCUUGGCGAUAUCAGGCUGCUGAACUUGGAAGUGUUGAACUUACAAUUCAAUAUGCUCAUAGAAUUCCCAUAUUUCGGUGUUAAAUCUUUGUCUUCUCUAUUAUCCUAUAUUUUGAGUGACAUAUGUAGUUACUGAAACGUGAAUCAAAAGUAUAUCCUUUUUCAAAAAAGAGAUUACCGGGCCAUCAUUUUAAGAAAAAUGCUAAAAGGAAGAUAUAGACAAGACCUUUCUCAUUCACGUAAUCUGAAGGAGCUGUGGCUUGAUGCUAAUUACUUGGAGGGCAGUAUUCCAGAAUCUAUUACGUCUCUUACUUCCCUCACCACAUUGACAUUAGACAAUAACAACCUGACUGGAUCAUUGCCACAAGAAGGAGGCUUGUGCAAUCUGAAGAAUCUUUCCCUAUUGAAUCUUGCUGUCAAUGAAUUUGAGGGGCAACUUCCUGCAUGCCUUGGCAAUUUGACGUCUCUACGUACGCUUUAUCUUAAUAAAAAUCGUUUUGAAGGAACAUUUCCUUCCUCACUUUUUCAUGCUCUGAGGUCCCUAACAGCAAUUUUUCUUUCUGAUGACAAUUUUAGUGGUUCCUUUUCACUCUCUUCACUUGCCAACCACUCCAACCUUAAAGUCUUUAGCAUCUCUUGCUCUAACGCCCAUCUAAAGCUUGAAACUGAGAAUCCCCCAUCUAUUCCUUCCUUCCAGUUGAGGCUUUUUAGAAUCCACAAAUGCUCUCUAAAUGAAGCGAACAAUAAGACAAUGCCUACCUUUCUUCUUCAUCAAUAUGACUUGCUGGCUCUAGAACUUAGCCACUUGAACAUUUCUGGGACCUUCCCGUCAUGGCUUUUGACAAACAACACGAGAUUAAGUUAUUUCAAUCUGACGCACAACUUGUUCACUACUCCCUUUAAACUCAAUCCUGCCUCAAAACUGCUUCAAAUGGAGUCCUUUGAUAUUUCCUCUAACCCCAUCAGAGAUGAAAUGCCAUCUCAUAUUGGAUACAUUUUUCCCAACUUGAUUUCUCUUAAUAUGUCAUCAACUUCAUUGCGAGGUUAUUUUCCAGCUUCAAUAGGUGAAAUGAGACAAUUGAAUGAUCUUGACUUGUCAAAUAAUAAUUUAUUUGGCUCUUUGCCUCAAGAAUUUGGUCAAGGGAACAAUGAAUUGAGAUUUUUGAAGUUGUCAAACAACAACCUGAGUGGCUCAUGUCUUCCCAUAGGAUCAAAUUUCACACAUUUGUUGUCUCUUGAUCUCAACAACAAUAACUUCAAAGGAAAAUUUCAAGGUGGCUUCAUGAACAGUACUGGAUUGAUAAUGUUGGAUUUAAGUGCCAAUCAACUAUUUCGUGAAAUACCUAGCUGGAUUGGAAAUUUCAAGAUUUGA